UCGGCGACAGCACAAGCAUGAGCACCGUGAAGGGCGUGGACGAGUUAUCUCCUGUGGGGAAACCUAGCGGCGGCAGUGGCGAGCAGCGAUGCGGUCCAUGGAGCGACGCCGAAGUCGCGUACGCGACGCGGCUGUCGGACGACUUCAAACUCGGCCUCCUUUCCGACGUCCCCAACGGCAUUCCACUUCGCAAGUGGUUGAGCGAGAAGUUGAAUUGCACGCCCAUGCGAUUGAGCAAGAAGUUUGACAAGACGUCGGGCGUGCUAGGCAUGUGCCGCUACACGUGCAACGUCAUGACGAUCGCGAGCAUGUCCGCGGAAAAGUCCAAGCGCCGCCAGGAACAGUUGGAGUCGCUCGAAGCCGCGUUCCGCCAAUCUGUGCAGGACGAGCACCUGAAACUGUCAUCAUUUGAGAUCCAGCAGACGCAUUUGCAGCACCAAGCGACGAAGAAGCGGAAAAAGUACGCGGCGGCGCUGUUGAAAUCCACCAAACGCCCUCGCCCGAUGGCCGGCGUGAAGGUAUUUGCAGGGCAGCCACAUCAGCAACGCAACACAAACAGCAGUAGCACCGUCACCCCGAACCAAACCGACCUGAGCGUGGGGUUCCUGCUCUUGGAGCUUCAAAGGGGCCAUGUAUCGCCUUCGUCCACAAGAGUAGUCGACUAAUGCUGUAAUGUCAUGUAUGUGUAUGUUGUUCCCAG